AUGAUGGCCAUGAACGCCAAGCAGCCUUUCGGCAUGCACCCGGUGCUUCAAGAACCCAAAUUCUCCAGCCUGCACUCCGGUUCCGAGGCCAUGCGCCGAGUCUGUCUCCCAGCCCCGCAGCUGCAGGGUAAUAUAUUUGGAAGCUUUGAUGAGAGCCUGCUGGCACGCGCCGAAGCUCUGGCGGCGGUGGAUAUCGUCUCCCACGGCAAGAACCAUCCGUUCAAGCCCGACGCCACCUACCAUACCAUGAGCAGCGUGCCCUGCACGUCCACUUCGUCCACCGUGCCCAUAUCCCACCCGGCCGCGCUCACCUCGCACCCGCAUCACGCUGUGCACCAGGGCCUCGAGGGCGACCUGCUAGAGCACAUCUCUCCCACGCUGAGCGUGAGCGGUUUGGGCGCCCCAGAGCAUUCGGUGAUGCCGGCGCAGAUCCACCCGCACCACCUGGGCACCAUGGGCCAUCUGCACCAGGCCAUGGGCAUGAGUCACCCACAUGCAGUGGCGCCUCACAGCGCCAUGCCCUCAUGCCUCAGCGACGUGGAGUCGGACCCCCGAGAGCUCGAGGCCUUCGCCGAGCGCUUCAAGCAGCGGCGCAUCAAGCUGGGGGUGACUCAGGCGGACGUGGGCGCGGCUCUAGCCAACCUCAAGAUCCCCGGAGUAGGCUCGCUCAGCCAGAGCACCAUUUGCAGGUUCGAGUCUCUCACUCUCUCACACAACAACAUGAUCGCGCUCAAGCCGGUGCUCCAGGCCUGGCUGGAGGAAGCAGAGGCCGCCUAUCGAGAGAAAAACAGCAAGCCAGAGCUCUUCAACGGCAGCGAGCGGAAGCGCAAACGCACGUCCAUCGCCGCGCCAGAGAAGCGCUCGCUGGAGGCCUACUUCGCCAUCCAGCCGCGGCCCUCAUCUGAGAAGAUAGCGGCCAUCGCCGAGAAACUGGACCUUAAAAAGAACGUGGUGAGGGUCUGGUUUUGCAACCAGAGACAGAAACAGAAACGAAUGAAGUACUCGGCUGUCCAUUGA